AUGUGUAUCUCUUCGUCGUCACGCCGCACGCUUACUGGUGCAGCGAAGGCAAUGCGCCCAUCACUCGACACAUCCGCCGCCUCGCGUUCUGCUACUGUUCCUCCUCUGCCGCCGCUUCCGCCUGCGAAGGCUGGCAAGGAAGAAGGCACAAUUGCAUCGGUUUUUGCAUCCCUCUCGGGUGGCACGCUUGAAGACGCUCUCCCAGACCGUUUCGCGCAACUCAAACAGUCGCUCGUCACUUCGCCUUCGCACGCCGAGCAUCUACAUCGAACUUGGCGCAGCAUCCUAUCGUCACUCUCAAGGCGCGUCUCUGAAACAGUGGAAUUGGGUGGUGACUGUAUUCCUGAACUCGACUUUCCCUCUACUUCAAGCACCACAGCAGCUGGACCUUUGGAGAACUGGACGGAUGCAAAGACUUUGGACGCCAUCAAGCAGCGAGGCGUGGCCGUGAUACGAAACGUGAUUCCAUCGAAACACGUCUUGCAGUGGAAACAAGAUAUUCAAGUGUAUGCAAAGCUCAAUCGAGCAAAAGGCUUCCCACAGGACAACCCGCAGGUGUAUGAGCUCUACUGGACUCCGGCACAGUUGGCUGCUCGCUCGCACCCUAACCUGCUUGCUACGUGUGAGCGGUUCCUACAGCUCUUUCAUCGACCUUUGGCCUGCAACACUGCCGCCGAGGAUGACAUUUCAAAAACGUGCUCUCUCGCUCACCCACUGAACUACGUGGAUCGACUGCGCAUCCGCCAGCCUGGCGAUUCCAAGUUCGCGCUCGGUGCACACAUUGACGGCGGUGGUAUCGAACGAUGGGAGUGCGAUGAAUUCCGUGGACUCUGGCACCACAUUCUCACGGAAGGGGCCGAAUGGCAGUUGCACGAUCCGUGGUCGCUGGGGCUGAAUGGAGAGCGAAUGGCGGCGAAAACAGACAUGUACGGUGGUCCUGGCCAGUGUGGUGUUUUCCGGCCGUUGCAAGGUUGGCUUUCCAUGUCAAACACCAAGGCUGGAGAAGGAACGUUGAAGGUGUUGCCUUUCUUGAAAGAGUCUACGGCGUACAUUGUGCUACGACCGUUUUUCACAUGUAUCAAGCCGGAAUCCGCCUGUAGCAGCAGAGAAGACUACCUGGCAGAAUCCAACUGGAGGCUGGACACCACAUCGCGCAAAUUCCCUGGCUGCAGUCUGGGACACAACAUCGAGCUUUCCCCGGAAACGCAUCCGCAUCUCGAGCUGAACCAGACAAUGACAAGCAUCCCGCAUGUCUUCCCAGGCGAUAUGGUGCUCUGGCACUGCGACGCAGUCCACUCGGUCGAAAACAGACACGACGGCAAACGCGAUAGCAGCGUCAUGUACAUCCCCGCCAUCCCCACUACCAAGCUCAAUUGGAACUACAUCAUCCACCAAAGGCGUUGUUUCGAGCAAGGUCUUCCGCCACCAGACUUCCCCGGUGGUCAAGGCGAAUCCACUUUCCACGGUAGAGGCACACCAGACAUGGUUCAAGGCCACACGGCCAGAGCCAGUCUCGGAUUGCAGAGUUUGCCAUUGCCCGCCAAUAUGGACGCUCACCAGAAGAGAUUGAUCGAUUGGUGCAACGAACAGCUUUGA